AUUACAACGAUAUACCUGCGUAACGGUUUCGAACCGCUUUUUCGUGGAACCGUGGGUUUACCUUCGACACUUCUAGUUGUUCCGUUGACCACCGUCGUGCCAGUACGCAGUGCACAGCUGAUCAGUGGCCCCAACGGACGGUCGCCGCUCGUGUCCGUGCUUUGAAAUCCCCGAAAAACGACUGAAAAGUUACUGUUACCCGCGUCGACCGUACAGUGACAGUUGAAAUUUGAAUCCCUAUCACGUGGAGAAACGUUGCGCCGUCCGUAAAGUGUCUCUGUUCAGUGGCCGAAGUGUGCGUUACCGUUCCCCGUUCGUUGGACGUUUCCAAUGGUUGCCGUCCGUCACGACCGGGAGACAUGCGCGAGAAGUCUACGCGCCACACAAAAUUCACGACCGUCCCCGGGUGCGUUCCCUCCAGCCGCAGUCUGCGGCAUUCUUCAGCAGCAACCGACGCAACCCCGUCAGCCAAUCACCGUUCAGCAACCGCAGCGUUGCUGGCCGAUGAGCCAGGUUCAACGGACCAGCACUAGCAGCGCCAACAACGCACGACCACACAGGCCUGCAUCGCUGGACAUCGGGAACACGACGCGUCGCUGCCCGCUCAGCUGUACACGCGCUGCGAUCUCCUCAUCCUGCGCGUCGCCGAUCGCUGGUAAUCCAGCGACACCCUCCUCGGCACCUGCCGCGUGCACCACUAGAGGAUUCUUCGAGGAUUGCACGGGGCCAACUAUAGACGCAAACUGCAACAACAUUAACAAUAAUCACGUACAGAACGCGGGAAACGAGCCAGCCGGAUUCGAGCUGAACGUGAACGUCGCCUGUAGUCCUGCUGGCAAUCGCGACUUUCGAACGGUGCCCACGAUCGGCGGUGCCUGUAAACGAAGCGAUCUGAUUGUCGAACCGCGUUUACACUACGCGGACCCCUUGCUCACCGUGGAGAACACCACAGUGGUGCCGCAGAUCAUCGAUCAUAACACGCGGAGCUACACCUCGGUCAGUCUGACGUUGAGGCCGCCCUCCUCGGAACCCCAGCCCCCGAUCGAUAUCAGAUCGCAGGGCUCCAGUCUGAUCUAUUCGACGUCCUCCCUGGACCCGCGUGGCUUUCAGAGCCGUCUGCAGAUCAGCAUCGGCGCGGGUGCCGUUGGCAGCGUGGCGGCCGCUAGGAUCAGACCGCCAAUGGGCCCGAUCAGGCCCAGCAGCUUGAUACCACCACCGGUGCAAACCGGUUCUCAGAGGCCACCAGGUCUUCCAGCAGGACCACCCAGCCAGUUGCCACGGCCGACGACGACAAUGAGCGCGCCAACCACACCGUCGGCACCGUCGACAACGAACAUCGUACCUCUCAUCAGCCUUCCAACGACACCGUCAGGACCGACGACGACGACCUCGCCGCCCUCCAGCCCCGUUGGCGAACGGAUACAGGCCAAUUCCGAGCAGAAUCGUUCGCCGUUCAAUCAAGUGGCGGAGCACCAAAGGAAAUUGGUAGCCGAGCAAUUAGUCCGUAAAGAGAGGCUCGCCCGGGAGCUGAGGGCCGAGAAAGGACGACUCGAAGCGAUGAAGAAAGAGCUGCAAUCUCUUUCGAGACCGUUCGAUUCCUCGAUGCCGCCGCAAGAGCUGAAGAGAAAAUUGAGGAGCGAAAUCUAUCAGCUGCAGGUGGAAUGCGACAGAUUAGCGGAUGAAGUGGAUCAAUGGUCAGAUCCAAGAGUACCUCUGGGAGAAACUAACGAAGAAUUCUAUCAAGAUAUUUAUACCGGUCAGCCGUUGCCAUCGACGUCCACCGGUUCGAAUCCACCACCAUUACCAAGUCAGCCGCCCGCCUGGCAACCGGACGUGACCGGGAAUAACGUUGACAGAGAAGACCGGGACGGUCCCUCUUGGGUCUGUAGAAUGUGUACGUUCAAUAAUCAUCCGUUGAUGAACAAAUGUGAACAGUGCGACAUGCCCAGGCUGUUGGAUCAUGGAAACGCAGGUACGACUUCCAGAAAAUUGAUCGGGCAACUGGCCGCCUCGUUAAUACGCUUGGACAUCGAUCCAUCGCCUCCGCCGCCGCCCGAAUAGCGAAAGUGUGCCUUAACAGCAUGUGUCUUUUCUUUGACAUUGGUACAAUUUUUAACGAUCGACUGACGUCUACGCGUUGAUACUGUGAUGAACUGUGAAACCAAAGGUGGUAAUUGAACACUAUGACAUACCCGUUGAGAAAAAGGCAGUUUAUGUAUUGACAACCGCAGAAGAUACUGCGCGUAUUAAUAAAAGAGGAUAGUGAUAUACUUAAAACGUAACGCAUGACCGUGUGUUAUUUUUCAAGUAACUUAGAUCUAUCUCCUAUGCUUUGCGAGAUGUAUGGGAACUCGUGCGUUAAGGCCGAUUAAAAUGCUCUUUAUU